GUCAUCAAGUGCAAGGCAGCUGUGGCCUGGGCGCCCAACAAGCCCCUGGUGAUGGAGGARAUCGAGGUGGCGCCGCCUCAGGCCAAUGAGGUUCGCAUCAAGAUUGUGGCAACGGGGCUGUGCCACACAGACUUGUACCACCUGUUUGAGGGGAUGCACAAAGACGGCUUCCCAGCAGUCCUUGGUCACGAGGGAGCUGGGAUAGUGGAGAGUGUCGGUCCUGGUGUCACUGAAUUUCAACCGGGUGACAAGGUUAUCCCCUUGUUCAUCUCCCAGUGUCGAGAGUGUCGCUUUUGUAAACACCCUAAGGCCAAUCAGUGUGUUGAAGGAUGGGCUGCUGAACGUUACGAUGUGAUGGCCUUGGAGGACUCCAGGUUCACCUGUAAGGGGAAGAAGAUCCUGCAGUUCAUGGGAACCAGCACCUUCUCCGAGUACACCGUCAUUAAUCAGAUUGCCGUGGCCAAGAUCGACCCCACUGCUCCUCUGGAUAAAGUGUGUCUGCUGGGCUGUGGGGUCUGCACAGGGUUUGGAGCAGCAGUUAAUACUGCUAAGGUGGAACCAGGCUCCACGUGUGCUGUGUUUGGGAUGGGAGCUGUGGGCUUGGCUGCAGUCAUGGGCUGCAAGUUUGCCGGAGCCAAAAAGAUCUUCGCUGUUGACGUCAAUCCGGACAAGUUCGAAAAAGCCAAAGUCUUUGGCGCAACUGAUUUCGUGAACCCCAAAGACCACAGCAAACCCAUCAGCCAGGUGCUCUGUGAGCUGACCAACGGAGGAGUGGACUUCGCCCUGGAGUGUGUUGGGAACGUGGGAGUCAUGCGCAGUGCCUUGGAGUCUUGUGUGCCCGGUUGGGGUGUCAGUGUGAUCGUUGGCUGGACCGACAUGGAUGACUUCUCUGCACGACCCGUCCAGCUCAUCACUGGACGUACAUGGAAGGGCUCCCUGUUUGGAGGGUUCAAGAGUAAGGACGGCGUUCCUCAGAUGGUUAAAUCCUACCUGGAGAAGAAGGUGAAGCUGGACGAGUUCAUCACUCACAACAUGCCUUUGGCUCAAGUCAAUGAUGCCAUUGAGCUGAUGAAGCACGGGAAAUGCAUCCGAGCAGUCCUGAGUGUUUCUCCACAAUGAGGCAACAAACUAAAACCCUGCCCAACAUCCUCAAGAUUUGAAGCAACCAGCACCAAUCAGGAGCUGAAAAUGAUGUCCGAGUCUGAGCUAUCCAAGUCAGGGUUACUGGAGCAAAAUAAAUAAUCGGAAAAGAUUGUGUCAGUUUUAUUUUCAAAAACUAAAAUAAAAACGUUUGAACUUCA